AUGGCUGAUGCUGCAGUAGUGUGUAGAGAGCUGGACUGCAGGGAACCUGUAGAUGCUCUUGGUAAUGCUUAUUUUGGACCUGGAUCAGGACCAGUCUGGAUGAGUGCUGUAUUAUGUACUGGAUCUGAGUCUUCACUGAAAAAUUGUGGAUCAGUAGUGUUUGGUAAACCCUUCUGUGGACACAAUGAUGAUGCUGGAGUCAUCUGCUCAGAACACAAAGAGUCCAGACUUGUUGAUGGACCUCAUCUGUGUUCUGGGAGAUUAGAAAUACUGCAAGUGAAGAUGUGGGUUUCAGUGUGUGAUGCUGCCUUUGACCAGCAGGAUGCAGAGGUUGUGUGUAGAGAGCUGGGUUGUGGGGCUCCUGUUCAGGUUCUGGGAGCAGCUGCUUUUGGCAAAGGAGAGGGUCAGAUGUGGAAAAAAGAAAUUCAGUGUAGAGGCAACGAGUCCCAAAUAUCCUUCUGUCCACAGCAAUCUUCAAGCAAUAACGGCUGUUCCCAUGACAAUGAUGUUGGGAUUAAAUGUUCUGGUUACACAGCACUAAGACUGGUGAAUGGCUCAGAAUCUUGUUCGGGUCGAGUGGAGCUUCAGUAUCUCAGCAAAUGGGGCACAGUGUGUGAUACAUGCUGGGAUAUGAGAGCUUCAAGUGUCCUCUGUAGGCAUCUGAAUUGUGGGAUUGCUGUGUCUGUUGUGGGAUCAGACUGGUUUGGAGAGGGAAGUGGUGAAAUCUGGGAUGAUGUGUUUGAUUGUCAGGGGAAUGAAACACAACUCUCACAAUGUCCCAUCUCUUCAUGGAGUCGAGCUGAAUAUUCUCAUAGUAAAGAUGUUGGAGUCAUUUGCUCUGAUUCCUCUCUGGCUCUUCAUGAUGGGCGAGUGCGGUUGUCUGGAGAGAGAGAGUGUGAGGGGAAAGUGGAAGUUUACAUUAAUCAGGUCUGGAGAAGAGUUCUGCUGGAUUCCUGGAGUCUCACUGAAUCCUCUGUGGUCUGCAGACAGCUGGGCUGUGGCUCUGUGCUGAACUUCUACAGCUCCUCUUCAUCCAGUCCUGAACACAGUCAUGAGUGUGUGAUGGGCUUCCAGUGUUCUGGGAGUGAAGCUCAUCUGGGGAACUGUAGCUCUCCACAAACUCUCAACUGCAGCUCCACACAACAGCUGUCAAUCACCUGCCUUGGUCGUGAGUCCAUCAGGCUGGUGGGUUCUGGAGGAGAUUGUGCAGGGAGGCUGGAGGUUUUUCAUAAUGGCCAAUGGGGGACAGUGUGUGAUGACUCCUGGGAUAUUAAAGAUGCCCAUGUGGUGUGCAGACAGCUGCAGUGUGGAGUGGCCCUCAGUAACCAGCAGGUACCAACCUGGUUUGGUCCUGGUUCUGGACCCAUAUGGCUGGAUGAGGUGAACUGUGAGGGGAAUGAGUCAUCCCUGUGGAACUGCUUGUCUCAGCUCUGGGGAAAACAUGACUGUCAACACAAGGAGGAUGUAGGAGUCAUGUGCUCAGAGCAUGUUCCUCUGAGACUGAGUGGAGGGAAGGGCCGGUGCUCUGGGAGGCUGGAGGUGUAUCAUAACGCUGUGUGGGGUUCAGUUUGUGAUGAUCAGUGGGAUAUCAGGGAUGCUCAGGUGGUCUGCAGGCAGCUGGGUUGUGGAGCAGCACUGAGUGCUGAUGGGAAUGCAGCCUUUGGUGCUGGUGAAGGUGUUGUGUGGCUAAACAGAGUCGAGUGCAGAGGGAAUGAGAUUCACUUGUGGGACUGUCCUCUCUCCCUAAAUAACCUCACUGACUGCUCACACAAAGAAGACGCUGGACUCACCUGUACAGAUUUGUCUGUGUCCACGACUCCUGCCACAGCAACAUCAGCUUUACCUCCAGUUUCACAGACAGAAAGGGGACCAGUGCGAUCAACAUCAAUCCCUCCUCCACAAACUCCUCCAUCAGAUCCUCUCUCCAUCCCUCCAGUGGUUGUGUUUGUUCUGGUAUUUGUGCUCUUACUGAUCUUACUGCCACUCAUUGUACUGAUUCAGCAGAACAGAGUGAUGAGAAGAGCUCUCUCUAAGAGGAGACUCAGGACUCUGUCUGAAACAGUUUAUGAGGAGAUCGAUCACAGGCACACAAACAGACACAGUCACUUCACUCAGAGGGGAAGUUUCCUCUCUGAAGAACAUCAUUCUGGGUAUGAAGAUGCCGAUGAGUUCCUCUCAGCACAAUCUGCCAGUAUGGACAAGUAUGAUGAUGUCAAGCCCACAAAUGGGCUGACAGAAGAGAUCAAGAUGGUGAAGAAGAACACAGCAGAUAACUAUGAUGAUGUCAUCACUGCUGGACUGAGACCAGAUUAUGAAAAAGAUCACACACUUGAUCGCUAUGAUGAUGUCAUCCCCAUAGAACAGAAUGCUGAUACUAAAGCAGAUGACAUCCAUGAGAGGUAUGAUGAUGUCAUCACCACAGGACAGAACACUUAUCCUAACAUUCAGCCGAAUUAUGAUGAUGUCAUCACAAGUGGACAGAGCUUUAGAAACCUGAUGGACUAUGAUGAUGUGGAGGUGAAGCCAAUCAAACUAGGAGGAACUGAGUGACCAAGAGACCCCAUCAACUUUUCAUUAUUUUUUGGCAUUUUAUAUUCUAUGUUUUUUCCUUUAUUUUUUAUCCUAUUUACAUAAGUCAGUUUGCAUCACCUUUGACAUUUCAUUGAAAUUUACAAAUUACAAAUGAGCAGUUAAAAUCUUUAAAACUUUGUCAUGUUCUCAAUUUUAAAAACAAUAUAUAUACAGUACAUGUGGGUUUAUGCUUGAUGCUUUGAUUCA